AUGUCUUCCUUUACUGAGACUCCGCCGCCUUCUGUGAGAUUUGUUCUCCUCGAUUUCCCGGCCCCCCAUGUGUUACUGCUCACUAUAAACCUGGAGAAACAAAUGAACUCACUGCCAGUUGACGCAGUAUGGGAGAUGGACCGAGUCUGGAGAUGGUUUGACGAGGAACCUCAAUUACGUGUUGGGAUUAUUACAGGUGCUGGCAAAAAGGCCUUUUGUGCUGGGAUGGACCUUAAGGAACGCCAAUCAGCAUUUCUAAACGGCAAUCCAAAUAUUCCGGGUCACAAUCUCUAUCCUGCUAACGGGUUUGCGGGAAUGACUCGGCGUGUGGGCAAGAAGCCAAUUAUCACUGCCUGCAAUGGCCAUGCUCAUGGCGGUGGUUUUGAAAUUAUCCUCAAUAGCGACAUUGUGCUUGCGUCUUCCAACGCGGAUUUCCGCCUACCCGAUGUUCUUCGCGGGACUGCGGCCCUAGAAGGAGGUUUUCCACGACUAUGUCGGAAUUUCACGCUACAGAGGGCCAUGUGGCUUGCCUUAACCGCCCAUACACUAACCGCUCAAGAAGCUUUAGACUGGGGGUUGGUUCAGAAAGUUGUUCCUCUUGAAAACCUGCUCCCUGAAACAAUUGAGGUCGCGAAGUUGAUCGCAGGUAUGAGUCCGGAUAGUGUCAUCGUCAGCCGAGCAGGUAUAAGACAGGCGUGGGAAACUAGCAGCGUUGAUACUGCUGCUAGUUUGACGGUAGAAAAGUAUGGUAGCUCCUUGUUCUUUGGGAAUAACGCGAAGGAGGGAAUGCUAGCUUUCAGGGAGAAAAGGGCUCCAAAUUGGACUCCUUCUAAGCUCUAG